GGUCCCGGUACCUCCGCCGCCGCCGCCGCCGCCAGCCCCGGCCAUGCCGCCCCCCGCCGCGCUGCUGCUGCUCGCCCUGCUCCUGCCCCCCCCCGCCGCCGCCGCCGCCGCCACCGAGAGCGAAACCGAAAGCGGAGCCCGGGGGCUGCGCCUGGAGACGCUCGUGGCGCCCCCCGAGGGCUGCACGGAGCUGUCGGCGCUGGGGGACACGGUGCACAUCCACUACACGGGCAGCCUGGAGGACGGCCGGAUCAUCGACACCUCGCUGAGCCGCGACCCGCUGCAGGUGGAGCUGGGCAAGCGCCAAGUGAUCCCCGGCCUGGAGCAGAGUCUGCUGGACAUGUGUGUGGGGGAGAAGCGGAGAGCCAUCAUCCCCCCGCACCUGGCGUACGGCAAGCGGGGCUCCCCGCCGACCAUCCCCGGCGACGCGGUGCUGCGGUUCGAGGUGGAGCUGGUGGGCCUGUCGCGGGCCAGCUACUGGCAGAAGGUGGUGAACGAGGUCCUGCCGCUGCUGUGCCUCGGGCUGGUCCCGGCGCUGCUGGGGCUCAUCGGGUACCACCUCUACCGCAAGGCCAGCAGCCCCAAGCUCUCCAAGAAGAAGCUGAAGGAGGAGAGGAGGAACAAAGCCAAAAAGAAAUAAAGCCUCCCCUCGGCAGCCGCA